ACUGACCGACAAAGAGCAUACUGUCAGUUAAAGAUCAUUAGUAAAUAGAGUUCUCAAAACCUUGCUUUCGUUAUCAGCAAUGAUUACAACAACCUAAAUAAGGUGACUUGCAUUCAAUAAGAUAAAUAACAGUGUGAUUUCCUACAAAUUGUCUUACAGCAUAUCUGCUAGGUAUCUAGCGGUCAGUAAGCGCUUUUUCUGUCAAGGAUGUCGGCAGAAAAAUCAGGAGAGACUCGGAAGACACACGUUCCUCUGGUUGCCAGUCUGGGACUUGUGGUAGCCUGCUUGCUGUCGUGCAUGGCUUUCGUCCAUCUUGAGCUCAAGAUACAGUGGCUUCAGAAACAGCAGUUGGUAAUGGCGACGAGAAUGUCGACCCUUGAAGGGGCUUGCGUCGCAAAGAAUGAUGACCAAGACAACCAUCUUGCACGCAAUAAGCUUCGAAGACCUAAACGUUUCUCACACACAGAGCCAAAGCCAGUCAUUGCAAUACAAUUAGAAAAGUCAAGUAAUGCUAGCGUGACGUCAUCGAUGAAAAACAGCAGUGGGCCAAUCGGCGUCACGAAUGAGGAGGAAAAUAAUCACGUGAAUCUGACAGGAUACGUUACCAAGGCAAUGUAUCGUAAAGUCAUUGCGUCACUUCAAGAGGAGCUCAAGGAUGCCCUCGUUAGUAUAAGAGCCGAGAGCGAACGAGUCUGCAGCACACCUGAGGGUAAAAAAUGUGUACAAGGCCCUCAAGGCUUGCGGGGCCCAAGAGGAUACAGCGGCGACCGAGGGCCACAGGGGAUCCCAGGGGAUAUGGGGCCUCGUGGUGCCAAAGGCGAUAAAGGAGACCGCGGAGAACCUGGGGAGACCGGAAGUGGUGGGCCAACCCAGGGCAAUGGGGCACCCAGGGUUUUAGUGACCCCGACAAUUCUAACCGUCACCGAGAACAGCUCCGCGUCAUUUUAUUGUGCAUCGUACGGAAAGCCAAAGCCAUCAAUCACGUGGAGACGAAACGGUCGCGUGCUAGUGGGUCAGCGGUAUCUGUAUCGGUCUAAUGGCGAGUUGGUGAUCCGGGAUGUAUCGUAUGAGGACAGGGGAGAGUACGAAUGCACCGCGAGAAACCACGUCGCUAGUGCCGAGGGAGUAGUCAGACUCAUCGUCAGAUCCCCUCCACGCAUGAAACCAAUCUUCGCGGGUCCAAUCUUCAUAAAGGAGCGCCGCUUGGCGCGGUUACCAAAGUGCGAGGCCACAGGCUUCCCGACACCAGUGCUCAAGUGGUUAAAAGUGUACGGCACUCUUCCCCAGGGGAGAGCAUUCGUCAGAGACGACAGCCUUCUUAUAUCUAGUACCAGGAAGGCAGACUCGGGAAUGUACAUCUGCCGCGCCUCAAACGACCUUGGCGUGACUGAAGUGUUCACGCAAUUAGUGGUUGCAGCAUUACCGGAGUUCGACAUCAGGCCCCAAGACAAUACUACACUAUACACGGGAGAUAUUUUCCGCGCGAACUGUAGUGGUGUCGGCGAUCCGACCCUACGAGUGACGUGGAAGAAAAUAGACGGCAAGCUGCCUCGGUUUCGGGCGACCGUCCGAGACUGGGGCGAACUAGUCAUCACUCAAGUGACGUCAGAAGACAGUGGACGCUACGCCUGCCUUUUAAGCACUGACGGAGGCAUUUUCAAGAACGAGGCUUUUACUACUUUGAAUGUCAUCAACAGAGGAACCAAGGGCGGGGUCUGUCCAGUGCCGUUACCCCUCCCCUCAUGCUCCCCCAAGAAAGACGAGUGUGUCUAUGACGUUGAUUGUGAAGGAGGAAUGAAGUGUUGCUCCGACUCCUGUCACAAACUCUGUGUUCUACCACCUCCAAACAGAGACUGUGCUGACCUGUACAUGGCGGGCCACCGUAAGAGCGGUGUCUACCCCAUCGCACCGGAUGACCUCGGUUCUUUCGACGUGUACUGCGACAUGGAGACGUCCGGUGGCGGUUGGACGGUCAUCCAGAGACGCAUAGACGGACAAGUCAGCUUCUACCGCGAUUGGAAUGACUACAAAACAGGCUUCGGCGAUCUUAAGACGGAAUUCUGGCUUGGUAACAAUAAAAUCCACAGGCUUGUUACCACCACGUCUACUUCGCUCAGAGUAGAACUUUCCGACUGGAAAAACAUCACUGUGUAUGCGUACUACGGCCGGUUCCGUAUCGAGAACGAGGCUAAUAAGUACAGACUCUCGGUUGGCGCGUACCGUGGGACUGCAGGAGAUUCAUUGCGUUACCAUGACAAUAUGUCAUUCAGUACCAAGGAUCGCGACAAUGAUCGCUGGGCAGGUUACGCAUGCGCCGUUGAUCUGACCGGAGGGUGGUGGUAUAACAAUUGUCACGCGUCAAAUCUUAAUGGAAUGUACUAUGGGAACAUAAAGGACUAUGGUGGGGUGGGGUGGGCUGGGUUUAGGCAUAAUUUGUCGUUAAAAUCUGCCGAGAUGAAGAUUAGGCCUGACUCGUUUGGUGAGGGGGGGGAGUAAAACAUGAAAAUUUCAUUUCUAACUUCUUUGAUAACCAAGACUUUUAUGUCCAUCCUGUUUCUGCCAGUAGUACUCUACAGUAGUUUUCUAUAUAAUUGUAUGUUUUUUUAAUAAACGAUUUUUCUUGGUGAA